AUGAAAAAGAGAAGCAGAACGGCGUUCAAAAGCAAAAGGGAUAUGGACAGUGGCGUCUGGAUGAUGGGCAGUGAUGAUGGAUCGACUUUAAGCUCGGAUCCCAUAGUCCCGCCUGACAGCGAGACAAUACUUGGAAAUUCCGGGCAAAUGGAAGAUGAGUUUACUGAAGAUGUAUGUGCGUGCUCAGCUGCUUGUUACCGCUUUCCGUCACCUAUCAUGUCUGAAGAUACUGGUACAAGAAGGGGACUUAUUGGAACGGCGGAAGGCAUGGAGACUGAAGCCCAGCGACAUGUCAGGUCCGCGGUGAACCAUUGUCUUGAGGAAGGCAAGGAUAAUGUGGACCUUUCGUGCUUCUACGUUGAAACAAUUCCCCCGGACGUUCUCCAAUCGCUUGCUCAAUUGACCAGAGUACCAGUGUAUAAGAAGUCUACACCCUUCCCUCAACAGUUCUAUGUUGCUCUCGAGCCAUUUCUUCGAUUAUAUCUCGCCCACAACCGCCUCUUCGAACUUCCGCGGGAAUUGUUCGAGCUCAGUGGAUUAAAACUCCUGAGCCUACGCCAAAACAAACUUCGAGAGGUUCCAUCUGCAAUUCGAAAUUUGACUAGAUUACUAGAUUUCAAUGUGGCUGCUAAUAGGCUAGAGCACCUCCCCUGGGAGCUUAUUGGUUUAAUGAGGUCCGGAACCCUGAAGCGCCUUACCGUACACCCAAACCCAUUCAUCCAGCUGCGUGAAUGCGAUAUUUCUCAUUGGCACUGGGAACUUGAAGAGGGCGACCGUGCUAUUUCUAAAAGACUACGGCGGAACCCAAGCUCUGCCGAUGAUACUCCAAGCCUCCAGGCAUGGCGCCCUCUUCACAUUGCCACCAGUUCUAUCAAGUAUUUAAACAUGGACGGUCAACUGCUCCAUACCGGUGAUUCCAACUCCUUCCAACUCACCUGCACACGUGCCCCAUCUCUCCGCGAACUCUCCCUUCAAGCGUGUCUUCGGUCACCGAAAGUCUCCAAUUUUUUGAGUGGCACUACAGACGAUUGUCCAGAUCUCCCGCCAUUUGUCCUGCAGCUCAUGCAGGUCGCGAAAGCCACCAAACGCACGGGUGAUAGGGUGUGCUCUGUGUGUGGACGAUUGUACAUUAUUCCACGUGUGGAGUGGGUGGAAUGGUGGGAUUGCUCGCCUCAUGAAAAUGGUUCGAAGAUUGCACGCGUGGGUGGGGAGAGGUUAUGGCCACUACCGUUUAUGAGGCGGACGUGCAGCUGGGCAUGUCAGCCUGAUUUUAGAAGGGAUAAUAAUGCUAUGUGA